CGUCACUUCUUAAGUGGUACCGUUGCAGGAAGGUGGCGUUGAAACUGAGACUGUGUGCAGAGCCGAGUUUACGUGUGUUUUUAUUUGUAUGCUGCAUUCGGGCAGAGAUCGCGUCUUGUGACAAUAUUUAGAAUAAGUGAAGUAAAGAGUGUAAUAUUUUUUGAUUGAGAAAAAUUGACGUUAUCGGUGAUUCAGACAUUGAUGCUGUUUGGGAUUGUUUGUUUACGGUUUCUGUGAUGGAGCUGAAACUAUGGAUUAUCGAUCGAUGAAUUUAAGACCAUAACUUAGCCAUGCAAGGGGUGGUGUUUAUGCCUGAGAAUCCACAGCAAGGUUCACCUCCACCUUCCACUGCUAUAGAUCCAGAUAUGGAAGAUUCCUUUGAAUCGAACCAACUGAAGAAGAAAACUACAUCAGCAGAUCUGUCAACCUGUCAGAACGACUCUGGAAUCUUCUCCGCCACAUCGAACACUACCAUCGACCAGUCAACGAACUACGACAGCGAUACACCUAGCGUAGACCGGAAAUUUGUUUGCCCCAUCUGUGACAAAAUGCUCACCACCCAACACCAGUUCACUCUUCAUAUUCGAUCUCACAACAACGAGACCGAAGACCAGGACAGCGACAAAGGUUACACCUGUAAGAUCUGUCAUAAAGUGCUUAGUUCCAGUUCUAGUUUGGAUCGACACGUGUUAGUUCAUAGUGGAGAACGACCUUUUCAUUGUAAAUUUUGCGGUGAUACCUUUACGACGAAUGGAAACAUGCACAGGCAUAUGCGAACUCAUUCGAUGAAGACGGAUAACAACUACGAGUCUGAUGGUAGCACUGACUCCGGUGCCAGUUCUAAAAGCAUCGAAUAUAACAACAAUAAAGUCGAUACUAAACAUCCUGGUAAAAGAAAAUUGGAAGUUAUCGAAGAAGACAGCAAUAAAAAACGUAAUAUUAACACAGACAGUGAUGAAAUAGUCCACAAUUUUAAGUGUCCACUGUGUGAAAGAUCAGACUUUGAUUCUAUCACUAACCUUGAGUCUCAUUUAGAGGACAAUCAUCCCGACUAUCCCAUUAAAUGCACUAUUUGCAAUCAAGUGUUUUCGAAUAGCAAUAUCCUAGCAGUACACAAAUCGGCAGUUCAUGCAGUUAAUAAUUCUAAGCAAGCGGUUGUGGGAUUUCCAGACCUAACUUUUGUGGACUUUUCCAGCAAGAAGUUUCCUUAUAUCGCUCGAAGAGAGUGCGAAAUAAAUCUGCACAAGGCGGCUGGCAGCCUCAAAUUUCAAUGCAGAAAAUGCGGGAAAGCUUUCCCUUGUUCCAGUUCCUUAGAAAUUCACGAAAAACUCUGUCUGGAUCCACCCGCUGGUACGAAUUUAUCCAAAAAUAUUGUUUCAGAAGACGAAAUACGAAGAAGCGAAUUCUUUUCCAGACUGGACUUACAGGACAACUCUCCCGAGAAACACUUACCACCAGUUCAAACGCUAAAAACUACUCCAUCGAAUAAAUUAAGAGAACAGCUUGCCAAAAUUGACGAAACUAAAGAUUUGGCAGAUUUCCAAUCGAUCUGGUCAAAUAUCAACGUACCUCAGUUCCAGGCGAAAACUAAGGAACUUAAAACCCCUCUUUCUAAACCCGUUGAUGAUAUAGAUCACUAUAACCACGAACAAGAAGAAGAAUCUCAGGAUAAUUUUGUGUUGGAAUUUAGAAAAAUGAAACUUAGAGGUGAGUUUCCGUGUAGAUUGUGUACUGCGGUUUUUCCAAAUCUGAGGGCACUGAAAGGGCAUAACAGGGCUCAUCUUAACGGUAAUAACAACGGUACUUACUAUUGUAAUAUGUGCACCCAUUCUUCCAUGGAUAAGGCUGCCUUGAUCCGCCAUAUGAGGACUCAUAACGGAGAUAGACCUUACGAAUGCGCCAUUUGCAAUUAUGCCUUUACUACCAAAGCCAACUGUGAAAGGCAUUUGAGAAAUCGCCAUUUGAAAACAACAAGGGAGGAUGUUAAGAAGAAUAUAAUUUAUCAUCCAUCUGAAGAUCCUACUAACGAGGAUCUCAAUAAACUGACUUUAAAAGAAGAAAUAAAAAAACAUCAACGACCUUCUUCUCCUAUAAAACAAAACGAUCUAUCUCCAGAAAAGCUACAUUGCUCUACACCAAAAAUUCCAUUAAAACCAGAAUUGGCAAGUUUCAAUCUGGCUUCAAAAAUGGCCAAUAUGCCGUGUAUAGGAGACGGGAGGUUUUUGAAUGGUAUAUCUCCUUUCUUCGGUAAUCAUUUCAAUGUAUCUUCUACUCUUCCUAACGCAAUACCUCAACAUUCCAAUAAUAUACCACCGGCGAAGAUCCAAGUUAAACCUUUCGAAGUUCUAAAAGACACCAACAGCAGUUUUGAGACACAGUCUGAUGACGACUAUUAUGAAGAGGAAGAAGAUGAACCUCCAAUGGAUGUAGCUUUAGAUUUAAGUAAGAAAAAAAUGGACGAAGAAGAGGAGAAAAAACGUAUUGAAAAAGACGAGGAAGAACCACAAGAUUUAACAAAGAAAGUACCUUCAGUAAUUCCCGAAGCAGUAGCUUCAUUUAAAGACAUGUUCGAGCAUCCUAAAGUAGAUCCAACAGCUUUAUACGCUUCUCAGGUUUUAAAUUUGUAUCGUAAUAGUUUAUGGUCAGGAAUUCCUUUUAAUCCUCUGUUCUUACAAGGAGUUUUGCCAAAUAUGAUUCAAACCCCGCAAGAACUUAAAGAACGAAUGCAGAGGCUGCAAUUGGCUGGAGGCUCUGUAAUAUCUGAAGAAUUGAGGAACUUUCAACAAAAUUUUCAACAGAAUAGUAUAAUGCAACAGCGACCUCCGACACUAUUAAGUCCAACAGUGGGAUUUAAUGGAUUCAAACCAUGUCCUGAACAAAAACCAGAUAUAAAACAUGAAAAUAAUGUUCUUCAAGUACCUCCAAAGAAGGUUGAAAUUGCCAAACCUCUUACUUUGAAUACUGAUGCCGUAUUUACCGAAAACACUCCAAAAAUUCACAGUCCGGCUCAACAGUUAAAACCUGACCUAACCCAAACCCAGAACUCUGUGAAGAUGGUAAUCAAAAACGGCGUUCUAAUGCCGAAACAGAAACAAAGAAGGUAUCGAACGGAACGACCGUUUACUUGCGAACAUUGUUCGGCAAAAUUCACAUUGAGAUCAAACAUGGAGAGGCACAUCAAGCAACAACAUCCUCAGUACUGGUCUCAAAGGCAGAGAACAAAUGUUAGUCAGCCUGGUAGAAAGCCUCAAAGUAUGCUGUUGAAACCAAAUUAUUGCGAAGGUAUAUCCACCCCUGGUUACGGAUUGUCUCAAAUUGGCGAUUUUCAAGAGUCUACAGAUCAUCAUGUAAGUGAGAAGUUGAAACUAGCUUUGCUGGCUCAGCAAUUUCAAGCUAAACAUUCCGGUCAGGAAAUCAAAAAAGAAGAUGACGAAGAUUGCGACUUGGUUAUUGACGAAAACGACAAAUCUGAAGAACCUUUAUUAUCGCCAGGAAGUGAGUACAAAAAGGCUCAAAUCUUAGAAGAAAAACUUAGAGACAAUGACCGAAAUGUUAGAAACGAAGAGGACUUGGUGCCAGUCUCCAGACUGUUGGACAACGCUUCACAGCAGCAGUUCAAAGAGUUCUUUAAGAGAGAUAGUGAAGAGCAGGAACAAGGCGCUGGAAGUGAGGACGAUGAAGAAGGUCUAGUAGCCAGUGGAAGUACUAGUGAGGAGAAUAUAUCUGGAACGGAUGAGAACAGGUCAGAAUCCGAAGCUGUCACGAACGCAGCCCCAGCGAAGAAAAAAUCAGCAUAUUCGCUAGCCCCAAAUCGCGUCAGUUGUCCAUAUUGCAGUCGCAAAUUUCCCUGGACUUCGUCCCUACGUCGUCAUAUCUUGACCCACACUGGCCAGAAACCAUUCAAAUGCAGCCACUGUCCCUUAUUAUUCACCACCAAAUCCAACUGCGAUCGCCAUCUUUUACGUAAACACGGUAACAGCGCCACUACCAUCGUCACCAGCGAAGCCUCCAGUCCCAAUGGGGUCAAUUACCUGAUGAGGAACGUCCCAGAACGACCUUUUAAAUGUUCUAACUGUCCUAGCAGCACUUUUUCAACUUACUCCAACCUCAAGAAACACAUUAGCUGUAAACAUUCAACGAACGCUCAAGGGGAUGAUAUUAAAGCUCAAGGUUACGAGGCGGGUAGCUCAGAAGACGAGAAAGUUAACCAAGCUGAAAGCAAGAACGAUUGGGAAAGUCAGAUCGCAUUCAGCAAGUUUCAGGUUUCCAAUAACUUAGAUCCAGCUCAGAAUUCUCAAGUCAGCAACUCGGACUUGCCUUUCAAAUGCCAUCUGUGCGAAGGUUCUUUUGCUGAACGAAACGAGGCUUUGGAACAUAUCAGAGACAAGCAUGCCAGUGAAUAUGAUCUUCUCAUGUCGAAAAACGCAUUAGAUACAGGUGCGACCACUCCAGAUGAGACCCUACAUCAUGACGAAGAAGACAACGAAAUCAGAGGUAAAUUUCCAGAUUACAGCAACAGAAAAGUUAUCUGCGCAUGGUGUAUGCGCAGGUUUUGGUCGGCAGAAGAUCUGCGCAGGCAUAUGCGCACUCACACGGGGGAGAGGCCUUUCAGUUGCGAUAUCUGCCGGCGUAGGUUUACACUAAAACACAGCAUGCUGCGCCACAAGAAGAAACAUUCCACUUGUAAUAGUUUCGAUCAGGAUACAACUCACAGUGAUGAAGAUGGUGGCAGUGCUGUAUCAACGUCGUCCGCAGUCAAAACAGAAAAGGAUUUGGGUGGCAGGAAAGCUGAGAAAACUGACGAAUCAGAUGUCCAGGAAGGUGGUGAUCUUAUCAGCAAUCUACUCGGAUUGAGGGACAGGAGUAUUAUUGAUAAGGUACUGAACGCGUCACCUGAUGAUGUGGCUGAAAUGCUUGGAGUAAAGAAUGGAAGCAAAGAGUAAUAAUUUUAUAGAUAGGAUGGUUUAAGGUGAUUAUUAGCAUGUAGUGUAUCAUAUUAUUAUUAACAUUUGUCUAACAGGCUAUGAACUCGCAUUUAGAUUUUGACUUUUUUUGACUAUCGUUAUUAUUGAAUCAAAUAUUUUCAAUUUAUGUUUCUUUAUUCAUGACUCUAACAUUAAAUUAAUUUAUUCUUUCUAUUACCAUUUAUUAAUAGUGAUUUUUUGACAAUAUUAGUAAAUUAUUCACUUAUCUAAAUAUAAUUUAGAUUUAUACUCACUUUGUUUAUUUAAAUUAAUUAAACAUAUUUCAAUUGUUAUUUCUUGAUUUUAACUUACACAGCGUAUAAUUUAGAUGUUACUGACUAUCUAAAUUUACUAUAACUUAUUUAUAAUCCAAUAUCAAGCCAUAUUUAUUUCGAUAUUAUCAAAAUUAUCAAACUACAGUCUGGAACUUGGUGAAUGAACUAUGUGUGAAAUAUAAUUUCGCCAAAAAUAAUAAUAUAUGUAAGUAUCUAGUUUUAUUUUUCGUAAUUUAUAUCUGUUUUUUACGAAUUAUAUUUCAGGGUAAAUAAACCAUCAUCAAUGAUUAUUUAUUUAUGUAGAGUAAAAUUCAAAUCAAAAUACGUUUUCAUGGCCUUCAUAAUUUUAUUUAUUAAUAAUCCUACGAUUUUUAGUAUGUAGUAUGUAAAUAGUUAAAACUAGAUAUAAUAAUUUUUGUGUUUUGUAAAUUCUCUAGUCAGGUUCAUCCAACGAAAAGAGUAUAAAAUACUCAUUAUGUACAUUAUCGAAAAAAAAUUAAAUGAGUAUGGACUAGUUUAAAAAAUGUUUAAAUGAUUAUUAUCUUUUAUAAGUAGGGUACCUAUUUAUUUAUAAAUUACGUUAAACUAAUAAAUAAUAAAUGUAAAUAUAUCAAGAAAAUUGAUACGGUCUAGGUAUACCAAAAAUUCCUUAUUACUCUGCAUUUCUGGAUGUCACACAUCUGGAUUAUGUGGAAUGUAGAAUGUAAAAAAAUGUUUGCCUUUUUAUCCUUACGAGAGUGUCUUCAAUUGCCUUUUUAUCUCUAAAUGAUUACUAAGAUAUCAGAAUAUUAGAAGCAAUAUAUAAAAUAUGUACUUAUAUUCUAUUUUAAGAGUUUAUUUAUAUAGAAAUAAUACAAUUUAGCACUGCACGAUUUUUAGUAUAUUAUAUCAUGUAGGUAACGGUUAAGUAUUAUUUAAGUAGACAAAGAAAUGUACAUAAAUCAUAUUAUAGGUAUGAUAUCAGAUGGAUAUUGGUCAGUUUUAUGUAAUUAUUUAUUAUUUAGAGUUAACGCAUUUCUAUAUACUUCAAAAAUUUAAAUCAAAAUAAUGUUUGUUUAUUAUUAUUUGUUGAAAAGAAAUUUCUAUGUUUUAUAUUGUAUUAAAGUUUGUUCUUUUAUAUUGAUACAUAUUUACGGAUAUAGUUGCUUAUAAUUUUUUGUUUUUUUUGUUUCGGGAAUUUUAAUAUUAUCAUUUAAAAACGAAAUGUUCUUUUUUAUAAGAGUUUACGUUUGCUCGAGUAUAUAUGCUUAAAGCAUUUUUUAUACAUAAUAUACCGCGUGUUUCAGUGUAAAUAUAUCCUUGUUUUAUUGGAGUAUACAUCAUUUCUAUACAAUUUCUUUCUGAACUUGUGUACUUUGAAUUCUACUAUACGGUUUAAACGACAUAUCUACCAUAAGUAAAUGAAAUUUGAAUAAUGCCUCACAAUAUAAUAUGUAGCUGUAGCUGAAAUAUUUUACCUAUUAGAACAAGGAUAUUUACUGUGAGAGACCCGGUACAUCAUUUAAGGCAUUAAACGACAGUGGCAUGCCCUAGAACUGUUUAUAAUUUUUUAAUAAACUAACAAUAUUUUAAAAUAAGCUUUGAAUCUAUUAAAUAUAUCAAUGGCAAUAGAAUUAACUGAUAUUGAAAUUAUAAGAAAAAUAUUUGUGACUUUUUGUUUGGGAAAUAAUUAUUUUUAUUUUAUGUUUUAUUUUAAUGGUAAUUCUCCAGUUUUUUUAUACGGUUAUGCCACCGAUGAGCGUUAAACGUGCGUUAAAUUUUAACUAUAGGUAGUUUUAGGAACACAUACCACACACUAAAAUUUUGUUUUUUCCUUUUUGCACAUUAAACAUUAUUGUAUCGAACUUUUCACCAUUCACAGCGCGUGUCUUAUCGAGCUUUGGGCGUAAAUCUUUCAAUCUCCGAUUUUGGAGGUGGUGCAGAAGAUUUAGUCUUGGAAAGCUAACAUUUAGCUAAUUUAUAAGCAAUGAGUGACUUGAUUAGAUUUUAAGGAGUAUCAUGUAGAAAAAAAGCUUCGUGUAAAAAUCCAUAGUGGAACUAUUUUUUGCAUUAUGUUUGUUAAAUGCAUGCCAUAUUUAGACGUGUUUAAUUACUGUAAUUAAGUUUUAUCACGAUUGAUGAGGAUUAUAAUGUAACACGAUUUAUUUUUUUGUUUAUUCAAUAAAGAGAUAGAUUACAUAUGUCA